GAACUUCUUCUGAACCAAUGAAGAAGAACACGUUCAGCGCAUUCGCACUAAUUUCACAUCGGUUAUAUUAACGUUUCCUGCCCUUCAAAUGACACUGUUCCUGUGAUUAUCAUAGUGUGUGGUUCUGUACAACUCUUUUUCCCAAUAACAAAAUGAGCAAAAUCGGAAUCAACGGAUUCGGCCGUAUUGGUCGUUUGGUGUUAAGAGCUUCCAUUGAAAAAGGCGCACAGGUUGUUGCCGUCAAUGAUCCAUUCAUUACAGUUGACUAUAUGGUCUAUCUUUUCAAGUACGAUUCCACUCAUGGCAAAUUUAAGGGAGACAUUAAACACGAGGACGGUUGUUUGGUUGUGAACGGUAAUAAAAUUAAGGUAUUCAGUGAACGUGACCCAAAAACAAUUCCCUGGGCAUCAGCUGGUGCUGAAUAUGUAGUGGAAUCCACUGGUGUCUUCACCACAAUUGAUAAAGCUUCGGCUCAUUUGGAAGGAGGAGCAAAGAAGGUGAUCAUCUCAGCUCCAUCAGCCGAUGCACCAAUGUACGUUGUCGGUGUUAAUCUUGAUGCCUAUGAUCCAAGUGCUAAAGUCGUUUCUAACGCUUCAUGCACAACCAAUUGUUUGGCUCCUCUUGCCAAAGUGAUUAACGAUAAUUUUGAAAUUGUCGAGGGACUCAUGACCACCGUUCACGCAACAACUGCCACCCAAAAGACCGUUGAUGGACCAUCUGGAAAGUUGUGGCGCGAUGGACGUGGUGCCGCACAAAACAUCAUUCCAGCCGCAACUGGCGCAGCAAAAGCCGUUGGCAAAGUAAUUCCAGCUUUAAAUGGAAAAUUAACGGGAAUGGCAUUCCGUGUUCCAGUUGCUAAUGUAUCGGUUGUUGAUUUGACCGUACGUCUUGCAAAACCAGCGACAUAUGAUGAAAUUAAGGCUAAAGUAAAGGAGGCAGCUGCCGUUGGUGGUCCACUUCAUGGAAUUCUUGGCUACACUGAUGACGAAGUUGUUUCAUCUGAUUUUAUUGGCGACACUCAUUCCAGUAUUUUUGACGCGAAAGCUGGAAUUCCAUUGAAUAAUCAAUUUGUCAAACUUAUUUCAUGGUAUGACAAUGAAUUUGGCUAUUCCAGUCGUGUUAUUGAUCUCAUCAAAUUUAUGCAAACCAAAGAUCAAUAAACAGUGUUUCUUUGAUGAACUUUUUUUUUUGUCAAAAUCAAUAACAAAAGUUUGUUCUUUCAAUUUUGAAAAAAACAAUAAAAUAUUAGGUAAUCUGCAAGGACGAUUUAAAAAUUCUUAUCAUCACGAUAAAAAUAAUCUUUAAAAUGUAAAAUCUAGAAUUUUUUGCUGUUUGAACCGAUUAGUGAUAUAAUCCUUGAUGUAUUUUUUCUGAUUUGUCAUGCUGUGAAAUGUUCUGCGACAAUUUCUUGUUUCUUCAUUUUGUAAUGUUUAAUGUAUCAUUUAUGUGUUGCCAGUAAGAUUAAAUCUUUUUUUUUUUCAUUUGAUCAUUGACUUCAAUAAACGUUAAUUACAACGUCAAAA